UAGGUACGCACAAUCGAAGAACGAUUGCCACCGAUAGGUUGCGACGACGAAUCCGCACGAAUCCAUGAGCCCUCGCACCGCCGAGUCUUCCAGCUCCUCCCGUUCGCCCAGUCGCCCAAUCGUCAUGUCCCAGACGCAGUGCCGCCAGUAAACAACCGCAGCCGAGUCAAGUCCGCAGCCCGCCAUCAGCGGGAGCAGCAGAGUCAGGAGUCCGGAAUCCGCAACCCGGAAUCCGUUUCCCGGUUUCCGCAACAGGUUGCGUCGCCUUCGCCAUCAGAAGGGUUUUAGUGCGAGGUUUUUUUUGUAGGCCAAGUGUGGAGUGCGUCCACGCGCCAGGAUGCAGCAGCGCCGCCAGCCGGUGAAUGGCAACGGAGCUGCCGCUGCCGCCGCCACCACCGCCGUUCGUUCGGAGGAGCAACAGCCAUUAUUGGGUCAGGAUGCUGGCGCCAAGGAGGCGGGAACGCCGGGGAAGGCAACGGGACGCGGCUGUUACUUCUCGCUGGCCUUCUCCAUCGGUUCGAUGGGCCUGGCCUGCGGCAGCCUGUGGCAGAUACCCAACAGCAGUGACCGCAUCUCGCUGCAGCGCGGCCUGGUGCUCACCUCGCUGGGAUUCAUCUACUUCGUUUCGCUAACGGACUUCUGCAACAAAUACCUGCUGGAGACGACGCAUGGCCAGCGCUUUCGUCGCAAGUACCGCCUGAUGAUGUCCGACGUCCUGGAGAUCACCAACAAAAUCGUGUCGGCCAUCCAGGCGACAUUCUCCUUCCUCGUGGGACUCAUCGUCUGCAAGUCGACGUGCACCAAAUCCUUUGUAUAUGCAUCCCACUUCUUGAUGGAGGCGUACGGCUGGUUCGGCACCGCCUACUUUAUGUACGACAUCUGGUCGAUGUACAAGGUGCACACCCAGAAGAUCGCCGAUAAGCUGCACCUGCUGCGCAUCACCAAGGGCAGGGAGCAGGGAGCGGUGGUGAGCAAUGGUCAUGCCAACGGCAAGGUCAACGGCAGCAAGUCACCGGCAAGUGGCAACAACAACGGCAGCACUCCAACCAAUCUGCACGAGAUCUGCGACUACGAUGGAGCCUGUGUCCAGAUACCCAAGGACGGUAGAUGGGACUUCCUCAAGUACGUGGUCACGCACCCGGUCAUGAUGAUACACCAUGUCUUUAUCGGAACCUUUGGAUUGCUGGUGGUGACGUACAUCCGCGGUGGCGGCCACUGUAUCUAUAGCUACAUGUUCAUGAUGGAGUUCUCCACGCCGUUCGUCUCGUUGCGCAGCAUCCUGAGCACCAUGCGCCUCAAGGAUUCUCGCGUGUACAUCGCCAAUGGGCUGCUCAUGCUGGCCACCUUCUUCGUGUGCCGCGUCUGCAUGUGGCCAUACGUGAUGUGGCGCUACAGCCUGGCCAUUGAGGCUGCGUCCCUGUGGUCGGCCAUGUGUGGCCUGCCCCGUGGAUGCCUCAUCAGCAUCGCUAUACUGUUCUUGCCACAGCUCUACUGGUUCUAUCUGAUGGUUUUGGGAGCUCUCAAGGUCUUUCUACCGCAGAAGAGGCGGCCACCCAAUGCAGUUCUACCGGCAAAGUCUGCGACCACGCCCACGAACACGCCCACCCCCACCGCCGUCGUAAAUGGCAAAAAUUAGUGCAAAUUGUAUUUAUUUUGAGGCAGAGUUCCAGCCGCAUACGUAUUGCGGAGAUCUUGCUAUUGUUUAUACAUUUUUAACAAUUAAUUAUACAACAACUACAACGACCCACUACGUCGAAAGAGGAAAACUGAACACAGAAUCGUGAGGACGAACGGAGAUUAUACAUGGCAGCGUAAUCGAUGGCGGAUUACAAAUGAACAGAAGACAUUGGACAGAAAUUUAGUGUUAAAAAGGCAUUAUAUACUAAAAAACUAAAGAACACAAAGAACUAAGAACGAGAACGAGAACAAAACUAAAACCAAAUGCAGAUAAGGCGAAUAAACUAUGUUGCUUAUUUUUUGAAGCAAGCCCCCUAAACAUAAACGAAUUAAUGUUGCAUUCAAUUUCCGCUAUAUCCACGAAAUCGAUGUUGUUAAUCGCCCCAAAAAAAAAAAAACAAAUUGUCGAGGGAAAAGCUUGUGUUAAUACCAUAAAUGUUAGAUAUAUAUAUUGCGUAUGCGAAGGGAUAACUGAGAAGCAUAUGAAAGCCAAAAGAAAUUGGCCAGAUGCACGGCUAGGAAUGUUCGAUGUGCAUAUAUUGAUAUUGAUAUAUAUAUAUGUAUAUAUAUAUAUAUAUAUAUUGUAUAGUGAUCAAAGAAUAUAUAGAUACCCGGGGACCGUAGAUCAUUUUUCGGCCAUCUAUGUAGAGAAUAAGGUGAAAUGGAAAACGAUGACAGUAGUUUGCUGCAACUUAACUUCCAGCCGACCAGAACAUAUAUUUUCUGAAUUGCAUAUCACGAUAUUUUAAAAUAGAAAAAUAUUUGUAAUCAAAUAUUUAACUGUGCUACACGAGAGUUAAGCAUCAGUAUCCUUUAUCUUAUCCUUUAAAUUCAAAAGCGGUACUACUGUUUUAAAUAUUCUGAUAUGCUCAUUUGUUUGAUUUGUUUAAACAUUUUCUUUAUUAGAAUAUAAAUACCACUUAUAUUAUGUAUGUAUAUUGGCCUAUUUUGUGCGCUAUAGCCUAACUUGUUUAGUUCAUUACAUUAUAGCAUUGAAAACUCUUCCAAAAUAAACAAAUAGCACAAUCCAGACUUAUAAGCAUUACGGUCCCUGACAUAGAAUGAAGUCCUAUUGGUUGCUUUUAAGAGAACUACCUAUGUAUGUAUGUACGCUGACAUUGGUGUAUGUUUAUUUGUGAAAUGUAUGUGAAACUAGCACAAAAUCAAAUUUUAAUUGAGCUUACAAGAUUAUAAUUAUAUAUGUAGUUAACUAUUUAUAUGUAAUAAUGUGGCGCAACAUCGUACAAGGAUGCGCGGUGGUUUGGCUUAUUGCCAAGUCCAUGGAAAACGCGAACCGGCAGCUCUUAGGAGUUUUAUGUAUGACCGGUCCCAGAUUGGAUGAUUAGUUAUGCGUAGAGAUGUAUGCGAAACCCAUGUAUUUUGAACUGUACAAAUGGAUUUAGCCGAGUGCAUAGUGUAGAUGAAGUGUAUUUUUGAGUGGUCAGGCUGCCCCCAUGGCCACCGAACGAAUGGACGAAAUAAAGUUGCUACAGUUCCACAGUA